AUGUACAGCCAUUCAUAUCGAGAGCUGAUCAAAAAGUUCUCAGUCUCUCAGGAAGAUGUCGACUUCUUCGCCAAGAUGCCUUUUGUCCGCUCCUACGUGGAGGAGUCCAGUGCCUACCAACCGGUACCUUUCGUCACGCGAUAUGAUAAAGGAGACUCAUCCGACAGAUUCUUCAAUAAAACAAUCAACUCGGACGACACUGUUCCACGGGUCUUGGCUCUUAUGCGAAAGGACUACUCCUUAACAAUCUCAUCAACGGGUAAUGAGGACCUUGAACAAUCACAAGUUCCAGAAGAGCCACAUUUUGUUGUUUGUUAUCAACUUGGAUCGGGGGUGAACGGCUACGUCAACACUGCUCACGGAGGAGUUCUGGCGGCUUUGUUAGACGAGACACUGGGUCUUUGCGCUGAAACCUACCGUGCUUUCGUCUCAAGCGAACCGGAGCAUUUACUUACGGCUAAACUCGAGGUAUCAUACCAUUCACCUGUGCCUACUCCCGGUAUCAUUGUCAUCAAAGCGUGGGUGAAGAGGAAGGAAGGUAGAAAAUGGUUCCUUGAGGCACACAUACUGGAUCAAGAAGGUACACUGAAAGCAACAGCGAAAUCCCUGUACGUCCGCCUACAAUCUCCUUUAUAG